AUGGCCCUGGCACAAGACGCUGUCUCGGCGCUUGCUCUUUUCUACGCGUUGCUAGCUUUUUCCUCACUCCACCGCUAUGGGAUCAACGAGCAUGCCGUACAACUGAAGAUACAGGCACUUCAGUUCCUGUCUGCUGCGGUGACGGAUGAGCCGCUGGUCUUGGCACAAGCCGCCCAACAUGUGGCUGCGUCUAUGCUUCUGGGGUCUUUCGAGAUACUACAUCCAUCGGAUGCGUCGGGCGAGUGGCUCUUGCACACGUGGGGAGCCAUGGACACGAUCCAAGCGACUCAGCUCAAAGAUCAACCCUACGAGAGCGACACUGGCCACCUGAUCAACUGGGUCCAAUACCACGAAACAAUUUCUCGCUUCACCAACAUGCCAUCCGUCAAUCCUACGUUUGCAAUAUUGAACCUGCUUUCCGAGAUCAGCGACACACUGAUUGAUCCUCGAGACCCCAAAAGCAACGAUGGAGAGUAUCAAGACCACCUCAAAGAUAUGGAGAGGAGAAUCAAGAAAGUGCCCGUCAAAUCGAACUCGGCUGAGUCAGAUCCGGAUGCUACGUUUGCAGUGGAACUGUACCAGAUGGCGACACAGAUUUAUCUCGUGCGGGCCUCGCAGAGUCCAUGGGAGCCAGCGGCCAAUCUCGACCCCUUGAUCGAUGCGGCGUUUUCGGGGCCCAUCCAGUACUGUAGCUGUGAGCAUUUCUUCCCACUGUUGAUCCUCGCCUGCGAGGCACAUAAAGAUGAGCAGAGGGUCGCCAUCAUCAACUUGAUUGAGAGGACGCAAAGGGACACUCGUAUAAGGAGUAUCCAGGGGGUGAAGGAUACCAUCCAAUCCAUCUGGGUGCAGCAGGAUCUGCAUAAGGAUGACGAUGUGUUGGUGGACUAUCUGGAAAUCAUGAGCACGGUGAUCAGCUCGAGCAACAGUGUACCGUCUUUUGCUUAG